GGGGCGACCGUGGGCCGGACGAUCGUGGGCCCAGAGAACCGCGGUCGGCUACCAGCGGCGGGAGAUCGUUGCCGAGGGGAGCGCUACACUCGCUGGUGGGGGAGAUCGGCGCUCGGCCGGGUGAGUGUGAGCCUGGGAGAUGGCAGUGAUGGAGAUGGCCUGCCCAGGCGCCCCCAGCUCGGCGGCUGGGCAGCAGGAGUUCGCCAAAGCCAAGGAGAAGACACAGGCAAUGGGGAAAAAGCAGAGCUCCGUCCACAAGCUUGAGGCCGUGGAGAAGAGCCCUGUGUUUUGUGGGAAGUGGGAGAUCCUGAACGACGUGAUUACCAAAGGCACAGCCAAGGAAGGCUCCGAGGGCGGGCCAGCCGCCAUCUCCAUCAUCGCCCAGGCCGAAUGUGAGAAUAGUCAAGAGUUCAGCCCCACCUUUUCAGAACGGAUCUUCAUCGCUGGGUCAAAACAGUACAGCCAGUCUGAGAGCCUUGAUCAAAUCCCCAACAAUGUGGCCCACGCGACCGAGGGCAAAAUGGCCCGUGUGUGCUGGAAGGGGAAGCGUCGCAGCAAAGCCCGGAAGAAACGCAAGAAGAAGAGCUCCAAGUCCCUGGCUCAGGCGGGAGUGGCCUUGGCCAAGCCCCUCCCUAGAACCCCCGAGCAGGAGAGCUGCACAGUCCCAGUGCAGGAGGACGAGUCUUCGCUAGGUGCCCCAUAUGUUAGAAGCGCCCCCCAGUUCACCAGGCCUCUGAAGGAGCCAGGCCUUGGCCAACUCUGGUUUAAGAAACUCGGGGAGGGCCUGCGGCCCGCACUGCCUCGACCUGAGCUCCACAAACUGAUCAGCCCCCUGCAGUGUCUAAACCACGUGUGGAAACUCCACCACCCCCAGGACAUAGGCCCCCUGCCCCAGCCCGCUCACCCCUUCCCCUACAGCAGACUGCCCCACCCCUUCCCGUUCCACCCUCUCCAGCCCUGGAAACCUCACCCCUUAGAGUCCUACUUCCUAGGCAAACUGGCCUGUGUAGACAGCCAGCAGCCCCUGCCUGGCCCUCACCUGGGCAGACUGGCCUGUGUAGACAGUCAGAAGCCCCUGCCUGGCCCACGCCUAAAGCCCAGCUGCCCGUCUCAUGGCACGAGUGAGAAGUUUUCUGUGGAGGAAUACCUGGUGCAUGCUCUGCAAGGCAGCGUGAGCUCAGGCCAGGCCCGCAGCCUGGCCAGCCUGGCCAAGACCUGGUCAGUAGGGGGCUCCAGGCCCCAGGAGCCCAGCCCCGAAACUGAGGACAGCGAGGGGGUGCUGCUUAUUGAGAAACUCAAGCCAGUGGAUUAUGAAUACCGAGAGGAGGUCCACUGGGCCACGCGCCAGCCCUGCCUGGGCAGAGGCUCCUUCGGAGAGGUACACAGGAUGGAGGACAAGCAGACGGGCUUCCAGUGUGCCGUCAAAAAGGUGCGAGUCGAAGUGUUUCGGGCAGAGGAGUUGAUGGCAUGUGCAGGACUGACCUCACCCAGAAUCGUCCCUCUGUAUGGAGCAGUGAAGGAAGGUCCUUGGGUCAACAUCUUCAUGGAACUGCUAGAAGGUGGCUCACUAGGCCAGCUCAUAAAGCAGAAGGGCUGUCUCCCGGAGGACCGGGCCCUUUACUACCUGGGCCAGGCCCUGGAAGGGCUGGAAUACCUCCAUACCCGAAGGAUUCUGCAUGGGGACGUCAAAGCUGAUAACGUCCUCCUGUCCAGCGAUGGGAGCCGUGCAGCCCUAUGUGACUUUGGCCAUGCUGUGUGCCUUCAACCUGAUGGCCUGGGGAAGUCUUUGCUCACAGGGGACUACAUCCCGGGCACAGAGACCCACAUGGCGCCAGAGGUGGUGAUGGGCAAGCCCUGUGAUGCCAAGGUGGACAUCUGGAGCAGCUGCUGCAUGAUGUUGCACAUGCUCAACGGCUGCCACCCCUGGACCCAGUACUUCCGAGGGCCGCUCUGCCUCAAGAUUGCCAGCGAGCCUCCGCCUGUGAGGGAGAUCCCACCCUCCUGUGCCCCCCUCACAGCCCAGGCCAUCCAGGAGGGCCUCAGGAAAGAGCCUGACCACCGAGCGUCAGCCGUAGAGCUGGGGGGGAAGGUCAGCCUGGCACUACAGCAUGUGGGAGGUCUGAGGAGCCCUUGGAGGGGAGAAUAUAAAGAACCAAGACAUCCACCGCCACUCCAAGCCCAUCCACCUCCAAGCCCAGCCCACUCUCACCAGACCCUCCGUGCCCCGCCAAGGGUGCUCUCGCCAGGGGCCCCGCGACCCCAGCCAGCUGAGGACACAACAGGCGGGGCCCCUAAGCUCCAACCUCCUCCACCCCCGGAACCCCCAGAGCGGAACAAGUCUCCAAGCCUGUACUGGGGCAAGGGGGAGUCUGGGAUGUGGGAGCCACUGCCUCUGUCCUCCCUGGAUCCAGCCCCCACCAAAAACCCCAGCUCACCAGAGCGGAAGGCAACCUUCCCGGAGCAGGAGCUGCAACAGCUGGAAAUAGAAUUAUUUCUGAACAGCCUCUCCCAGCCAUUUUCUCUGGAGGAGCAGGAGCAAAUUCUCUCGUGCCUCAGCAUUGACAGUCUCUCCUUGUCGGAUGACAGUGAGAAGAACCCAUCCAAGGCCUCUCAGAGCUCGCGGGACACCCUGAGUUCCGGCGUGCACUCGUGGGGCAGCCAGGCGGAGGCUCGCAGCUCCAGCUGGAACAUGGUGCUGGCCCGGGGGCGGCCCACCGACACGCCGAGCUAUUUCAAUGGUGUGAAAGUCCAAAUACAGUCACUCAAUGGCGAACACCUGCACAUCCGGGAGUUCCACCGGGUCAAGGUGGGAGACAUCGCAACUGGCAUCAGUAGCCAGAUCCCAGCUGCAGCCUUCAGCUUGGUGACCAAGGACGGGCAGCCCGUGCGCUAUGACAUGGAGGUGCCAGACUCGGGCAUUGACCUGCAAUGCACCCUGGCCCCUGACGGCAGCUUCGCCUGGAGCUGGAGGGUCAAGCACGGCCAGCUGGAGAACAGGCCCUAACCAGCCUCCCACCACCGGCUCCACUCAGCCAGAAACAGCCUUCCUUCUUGGUGCUCAGUGCUGCCCCUGAGACAGUGGCUCAGCAGUGGGACCAGGGACUGGCAGCAGUAAGGUGGGGACUAGCAAAACACCUCCCACGAUCUCCCACCUGUGUCCUGCCUGCCCCCACAUGAGGAAGAAGGCAGGAGGCCUCUUCCCACGGGGAACAAAGAGGAUCUUCUCUGCCUUGGUCCUAACAAGCUGGCCUGACCCGUUAGGAUCAGUGACCACUUGCUGGCAGUCAGGGGAGAGCGACUUCCAGCCCAGGUCAGGGAGGGGUGAGCAAGCCCCUCCCUCAGUCUCCAGGUAGAUGUAAGGGUGUGGCAUGUCUAACGACUCACACCCAGGCCCAGUACACGCCCAGGGCAGCAGGUGUGCCUGCCCUUGGCUUAAUGCGGGGCCCUCUCACCCCCUCGCCCGGUCUUGCCUGGCCAGCAAACCCCUUUUUAGCUCUAGGAACUUUUCAGACCAAGUCAGGGAGAGAGGAAUGCCUGACACUGGGGGUCUCCCUAAGAGAGAACACCACCCUUCUCAUGGUGUUUCAACACAGGCCCUGAGCUGAGCACAGCUUCAGCCAAGGACCAGAGAAGGCAUUUCAAUUAAACUGUUCUCAGCCCCUAAGCACUUGCCCCUUUGCUGCUGGCCACCAGUCUUACCCAGAGCAGCAGGCUCCGAGCCCCAACCACAGGCCCACCCACUGCCCCUACCUAGCUGGUACUCAGCUCCCUCAUCCUAGAAGUGAAGGGUGACUUGAGACCUACAUGACAGGAACAGUCUGAGGACGGGGCACAACAGACACAAAAGAAAGCCGUAGGCGCUGCCGUUACCCAGGCUCUCACAUCCUCACACCAGCUUCCUGAGACACGGCUCAGGCACCACACUCACUGACCCUGCCCCGCCCCUGGUCUCAGGGGCACCGCCAGCUGCACUUUGCACUCUGAUGACCUCAAAGCACUUUCAUGGCUGCCCUCCAGAAGGGCGGCCAGCGGUUCCGCAUGAGCACAAGGCCAGGAGAUGGGGUGAAGGGACCCAAAUCUUGACCCUUCUCCAUGCGUGUGACCCCUCAAACACCCUCCAGACUUCUGUAAGAUGAGUUCCCCCCAACCCAUCGCCCCAGCCAAGCCUCUUCUUUGUGGUAGGGCUGAUCAGGACUCAUGUAGCAUUAAUCAACUGUGAAUCAUUGUGGGGUGAGGGGUGUGUCCCCUGAGAUUCCUCCUGGGGAGAAGCUUGUCCCCACAUCUUGCCAAAUUGGCCUCUCUCCAGCUAUCCACAUCAAGCCAUACUGCUCCCCAGGGAGAGACCCCCGGCCCCCAGUACGUGAAGAACUGCAGCCUUGGUACUGCCAAGUUCAGGUUGUAGAGAACUCUUUGUAAGCAAUAAAGUUUGGGGUGAUGAUAAA